UCCUUCCUUCCUUCCUCGGGGCCGAGGAGCAUGGCGGUGGCUGCUGCUUCUGCUUCCUCCCGGGUCCCGCCCUUGGCCAGGCGGCGGCGACGGCGGCGUCGCCCUCUUCUUCUUCCCGCGGCGAGACAGGCCCCUCCUCCGGCCAAGGAAGGCGGUUGCUCGGCCGGGGCCUAGUAGCUGUCCGCCUGUAGUCGUCGCCGUCCCUCGGCUGGGGUUCCCGGCUGGACGGAAGAGGAGCCCUAGUCUUGGCUCGAGUGACCAACGCAGGCUUCGGAGGCGCAGUAGGCCCCGGCGGUUGCCAGGGCAACGCGGCCUAGUCGCAGUAGAGAGGCCUGGCGGGAAGGAAGGGCCGUUUCUCUGACAAGCUGUACAUUUCUAUGACAAGCUGCUAGGAUGUUUCUCAUGAACACCUCCACUUUGGUGGCCCUUCAGCGGAAGUGGGAGCCGUUUGCCCAGUCCAGGAGCUGCAGAUAUCCCGUCUGCUUCUCCGAGUCUGAAGACGACAUUGCCAGAUCGACUGUGAGCGCCAAAGUCCAGGUGAUCAUCAACAACCUGCAAAGCGACGAGUCGUCUUUGCACAGCGGCAGCGAAUAUGGCUGCAUUAUGCAGAAAAAACAAAAAGGAGCGAAAGGCCGAGGCCACAAACUCCGACGAAGCGGGAGAGUACUCCAGGAGUGCGUUUCAUACCCUGAGCAUGACUGUCCGGCCGACUCUGAUGGUAUGGAAGUGGAAGAGAGUUCAGAAUUUGGGCCCCUCUUGUUGCACUCUGACAGCGAUGAUUCAGUUGAUAGAGAUAUAGAGGAAGCCAUUCAAGAGUACCUGAAAAACAAAGGCCAGAACGUUCAGCCAUUGCCAAGCAAUGCCAGGGGUUUGGAUGGAGAGAAACAGGUCCAUCGUGAAUGUCCAUGGCCUGGCCCAGCUGCCACUGUAUUCCCUGCAAAUGUUAAGGCCAAUGUGGUACAGCAACACCUUGCUCCUGAUGGCUUGGGAGACGACGACGACGUCCAGUGGGCAGCCUCUCCUUGCAGCGUGAGUAGUGAUGAUUCUUUUGAGCAGAGUAUAAAAGCGGAGAUAGAACAGUUCUUAAAUGAGAAGAAGCAGCAGGCAAGAAAGGAGGCUACAGCUGGGGCGAAUAAGCGACUGGAUCAGAAGGAGACCCAAGAGAAGUUGGCCAUCAGGAGUCAGAAAGAAGGUACUAACAGAGUGAGCCCAAGUUCCCAAAAGCGAGGGGACAAGGCACUCUUCUUAAGACGACAUCCUGAUCUACAAGACACCAGCACUCCUCAGUGUUUGAAGUCAAAAACUGAUGAAGAGCCUGCAGGCUUCAAAACAAGACAGACACAGAUUAAAAGACCUUUGGCUGCUCACGCCCUCUUCCUGGAACAAAGCAGAGAAGCUGAGAAAAAGCAAAAGCUUUGGAAAGCCAGAGAAGAACAAAGAUAUGAAAGCAAAGAUAUAUCUGAUUCAAGUAGUGAUGAUGGUAUCGAGGAGGCUAUUCAGCUUUACCAGCUUGAGAAAAUCAGGAAAGCAGCAGACUCCCAAACUGCCUGUGUUCCUUUUGAAAAAGAAGAGUUAAGGGCUAGCAGGUUUGAAGAUCUAUCUGCACAUCUGGUGAUCCAUUCAGUAAAAAGUGCCUUGCCAGAGGUCCCUAAGAAAGUUCUAAGUAGCAAGAGGAAACAGGUCACCUCAAAACCAGAGGAACUAAGGAGGAUGUGUGGCACCCAUUAUAGUAUGGACAAUGGCACAAUUGAGGCCCCUGCAGAAAGCAAUGUUGCCACAUGUGCAGUUACACUCCAGGCCUCUUGUCGGGCAGACUCUGCUGCUGAACUGAUGUGCGCAGAAGCCAUCUUGGACAUCUCCAAGACCAUCCUGCCUCCUCCUGUAGGAAGCGACAGCCGAUCAUUCACGACCAACCCUGUCUUCUAUUCCCACAAUACAUCAGCUUCUCAACAUGAGAGUGACAGUAGUACUGUGGACAGUGAUGACAGCAUUGAACAGGAGAUAAGAGCUUUUUUGGCUGUCAAAGCACAGACAGAACACUUGAUAACAAAAUCCAAAGUGGCCUUGCAUUCUGUCCAAAUUCCUCCCUCCUCAGGGCAACCUGCUGAGCAGAUCCAGAGCCUCAAGCAUACAUCCCCUAAACCAUUAAAACACUCACUAAGUCAUAAAAGGAAACUUAAGGGAGAGAGCAGAAUAGUCACAGGAACCAAGAGCACACAGCAGAGACUGUCAGAGAUGGGUUAUUGCUCUGUGGGUAAUAACCAUUCAAAAACCUCUGCAUCCCAAGCAGAAGAUGAUUUCACAAUACCACAAAAUAGAGUAGCUGGAAGGGUGGCUAGGUGCCCACAAGAUACUCUGACCACUCACAGUUUUGUGGAUUUUGCAAACCCUCCACCACAAAGGUUUCUUGGUUUUGGAAAAAAUGCAACACAGAGGCCCCAAAAAUGUGGGGUAGAUGACAAGAGCAGUUCUUUGGACAGUGAUGAGGAUCUGGAUACAGCUAUCAAAGAGCUUUUGAGGUCUAAGCGGAAGCUGAAGAAAAAAUCCAAAGACCAAAGAGCUCAGUGCAAGAAGAAAGUCCGGUUUGGUGACUCAGAAAUGCAUGUUCUUGAGGAGAAAGAAAAAGACUGUAAAUCCAAAAAACCCACCUUGCUAAAAAGUUGCCUUAUGAAUUCCCAAAGAGAUAUUAAAGUGGAAAAUACAGAGACUCAGAACGUUGUCAAGGGGAAGCUAAAAGGUGAAAAAAUUGUACAGUUUGAAUUUAAAAAAGAAUGCCAGACCAAGCCAAGUUCUGGCCCAGACAUCCAGGAGACAUCAAAAAACAAUCAGAAUCUUUGGACUGCCACCUCCUUGACAGACGACAGCAGUUCUAUUGACAGUGAUGACAGCAUUGAGCAAGAAAUUCGGAGGUUUUUAGCAGAGAAAUCAAAAGACUCCACAAUUAGUACAGUGAUUCCAGUCUCCAAUGGAAUUGUUGAGAAUCUAGGAGUUACUACUCUAUCUAAAGCAAAGUGCCAGCAGUUCCAGGGUCAAAGCAAUGCCCUCUCAAAACAGAGGAAAAAAGCAAAGAAAGAAGGUCCACCAAUGAUCAACUUGCAGCAUUCUUUGAGACCUGAAAAAGAGACUGCAGGAAGUGCUUCUCAUAAUAGUGAGCAAGCAACAUCAUAUACAGAAGAUCUGUGCCGUUGCACUGUGGCGAACUCACAGGAAAACCAAGGAAUUGUGCUGUCUGAGCAUCCUGGUUUACCUCUAAAAAGAACUGCAGAAGAAAGAAAGGUUAUAUUUGAUGGUAAACUGAACCAAAGAAACCUACCACCCGGGAAGGACAAAGCCAGGAACCUUAAAGUGCCAAAUUGCUUGAAGCCUUUGUCUCUGUUCAAACACAAAAACUCAUAUGAAUUCAAAAUUUCCAGUAAUUUUAUUGCAGGCCUAAAAAGUACUCGGAACAAGAAGAAGCCUGUGCUUUUGGGGAAGAGACAGAGCACAGAAGUAUUCUUGUUCAAAAGGCAGGCGGGUGUUUCAGUGCCAAAUUUUCCCGGUGAGCGGUGUGAAAUGACUCUGAAAAGAGGAGCCCUAGGUUCCAAGAGCGAGGCAGAAAUGAGAGAGGCAGAUUUACCUACAAGGGACACUGCAAAAAGGUUGCAUCCGUGCAUAUCAGAAAGCAGUGGGAAAAUGCAGGUUGCCACAUCCCUUGAUAUUGUAGCAAAAGGUACAGUUUUAGGAGACCAAAAAGCCUGCUUCAGCUUGGUUGCCAACCAAGGGUCUCAUUUGCAGGAGCCCAGUAGGCAAAAUACAAGACUAGGGGUCAGAGUCAGUGCAGGACUAUUGCAUGUUGAGAUCCCCAGCAGGAAAGGGGAAGAACACAACACUGGUCAUGAAGAAGGGAACAUCACCAGCAGCACUUCUAACUUGCCACCAAGAGAGAAGUCAUUGAUAAAACAAGAUAGGGCCUCUGAAGAACAAACCCCAAAGGUUUCAGAGGGAGUUUCUGCAGAGGUUACAGAGGUACCUGUCAUGCAGUGUACACAUGUUGAGUAGAAAGCAAUGCCUCCAGUUUGUAAGUACUUCUGCAUCAUAAGUUAACUUUCCUGGCAUCAUGAUGAAUCUCCAUGUCGGAAGAAGGGUUUCUUUAGGGGGUAGAGGUGGUUUGGACAGCAUAUGGAAAUAGGUGCAAACAUGAUUUUUCUGGUGCCAUCCUUGUGUACAAGGAUAGAGCAAUUUGUCUUCACAGCAGUUUUCGAUCAUUUACCCAUGGGACAAAGUUUGUGCUUAUAAAAGGCAGGUGCUUUCAUCUGUCAUGGAGAUGAAUCUUUGUGCCAGGGAAAAAAAUGAUGCUUGUAAAGAGGCCCAGUGUCUCCAGAGCACUUGAAACAGAAAGGGAACUGUGGAAUAUACCAAUGUGAAGAAAUGUGUCUCCAGUUACAGUAUAUGUUUUGGGGUUUUUUGCAUUGAUGGCAAGAUUUUUUUCCCCAUUGUUUAAAAAGUGCUUUAGGGAUUUCUUUUUUAAUAACAGUUUAUAGGCCAUGUCUAACUGCAGAGUUUUGUAGCCGUUGUGUUUAUUGUACAAGAUGAUUAACAUAACCGUGGUCUGUGAUGAUUGAAACGAUGACGCACCUAGACAUAAAACAUUAACACAAAAUCAGUCAGUCACAAAGAGUCUUGCAAAAAAGGUGGAAGUGAUUUAAAUGAGUAAAUUACAGGAGUACACUCUUUGGCAUAUCAUAAAACAGAAGCAGAUGUGAGACCUCCUCUUCUCCGUCUUCUUCUCUUUUGUCCUAUCCUCCCUUGCUAUUUAUUUAUGGCAGGGAUAGGCAGGUUCUAGGAUUACACCUGCCCUAAAAUUACAAGGAACAAAUAAAUAUUGAAAAUGAAACAGGAAGAGACCAGAUAUCUAUGCUUGGGGAGGAGCGGAGCUAUUGCAAAAUUGCCACUCCUGGAAAUUUCUGGGAGCAAACAUGGACUUUGCGGGCAAUAUAUAAAUAAAUGGCGGUUGGAGCAAUGCCUUUGGGGUGAGCUUCAAAAGGCCCCUGCUGCAAAAGACCACACUUGACUUUAUGGCAUAGGCCAUAGUUAAUUCACCUCAUUCCAGAGAGAUGAGGGCACACACUCCUGAGCACAUGAACAGCCUUCAAAACCUGCACUGUCCAGUUAUUGCAGUAGUCUCACACACGGCAAUGACCCAUGGGGAGGUUGCCAUCAUUUUAAGUUGGAUAGUUGGGCCAUGCAGGGCUCUGCGUAGAUCUUGAAACUCCUCCUUUUGGAACAGUUGAAGUUGAGUCAUUAUUGCUAUCUCCCUUCAUUUGCCAUUUGAAGCUUUUGGGAGUUUCUUCUGGAUCCGAAUGAGAAGAAGCAUUGCAGUUUGCAGUGCGGGUUGAAUAAAUUGAGACAGGGGGCAUUUCAGAAAUGCUCUUAGAAGCAUGACUUGGAAGCGCAUCCUUUUUCCAGAGAAAGUGAUCUGAGGGUGUAUCCACACUGCACAAUUAAGGCAGUUUGACACCUCUAACUGACAUGACUAGCCCACAGAAUCCCGGGAUUUGUAGUUUGGUGAGGUAUUCAGCCUGGUCUGUCAAAGAGCUGUGGUGCCUCACCAAACUACAAAUCCCAGGAUUCUGUAGCAUAGAGUCAUGGCAGUUGAAGUGAUGUCAAACUGAUUUAAUUCUGGUGGAUACACCCUGACAUUAUUUCCAGAAGGGCAAUGUCCGAUCAAAAGAGCAGCCUUGGUUCAGAAUUGAGGCUCAGCUUGUUUUGUUUCAAGUAGCAUUUUCUUUAUCUAAAUUCUCCCUUUCAGAGAUUAAAAUAUCCCAUGAAUAUCCUAUUAGUCUGUCCCUUCUCUGUAUAGCCUUGGUCAGACAUUCCUUUCAUUUAAACCCUCAUUAAAAGAACCUGAAUGUUUAAAGACUACAGGGAAUGCCCUCGUGCGACGGAGGGAGGGCUGACCAUACAUCAAACCCCUUCGAAAUAAUUCUUUUUCUGUUGAGUUACAAUAAUCACAAUAAUAACUUUUGACAUUCAAAAUGCUGUCUGAUUGAAGAAGCACUUUUUAAAUUAAAGUUUGGUGUUAGGGUCUUGUUUUGUGUUUUUUUGUACAUAAGAAAUAGUGUACAUUCAUACAUUUAUAAGAUUUAAUAAACCAGGUUCAGAUUAUAAA